CCAGGACUGUCUCCCCCAUCCAGGACUGUCUCCCAUCCAGGACUGUCUCCCCAUCCAGGACUGUCUCCCCAUCCAGGACUGUCUCCCCAUCCAGGACUGUCUCCCCAUCCAGGGUGGUCUCCUCACCCUCUCUCCAGGAUUGUCUCAUCUCCAGGACUGUCUCAUCUCCAGGACUGUCUCGUCUGCCCAGCCCAUGGUGCAGAACCCUGCUGGCAUCUGGGGUGGUCACUGCUACAUACAGGAGACAUGAAAUUCCCCCUAGAGAACCCGAGGAAGCAGGUGAACUGGGACCCUCAAGUGGCUGUGCCCUCCACGGUGCCCUCACCUGCCCCCGUCCCUGUCCCCCCUCCUGAUCCGAAGCCGAACGGGCAUCACCCGACUCCCACGCUUACCCCUCGAUUGUCUGUAUGUUCCCGGACGACUUUGGUGACUACGAUGGACAACACCUCCAGAGGUCUACACUCCGUCAUGAAGUGGAAGACAGUGGUGGCCAUCUUCGUGGUGGUGGUGGUGUAUUUGGUCAGCGGUGGCCUCGUCUUCCGGGCUCUAGAGCAGCCAUUCGAAAGCAGCCAAAAAAGUACGAUAGCCCAAGAGAAGCAGGAUUUCCUGCAGGCGCAUUCAUGUGUCACACAGCAGGAGCUGGACGCGCUGAUCAAGAAAGCCAUCGAUGCCGACAACGCCGGAGUCAACCCCAUCGGCAACUACACGAACAAGAGCAGCCACUGGGAUCUGGGCAGCGCCUUCUUCUUUGCUGGGACGGUGAUAACCACGAUAGGUUAUGGGAACAUCGCGCCCAGCACAGAAGGGGGGAAGAUUUUCUGCAUCCUCUACGCUAUAUUCGGAAUCCCGCUCUUCGGCUUCUUGUUGGCCGGCAUUGGGGACCAGCUGGGCACGAUUUUUGGGAAAAGCAUCGCAAGAGUGGAGAAAGUGUUCCGGGUAAGGAAGAAGCAGGUGAGCCAGACCAAGAUCCGCGUCAUCUCCACCAUCUUGUUCAUCGUGGCCGGGUGUCUGGUGUUCGUCACCAUCCCGGCCGUCAUCUUCAAGCAGAUCGAGGGCUGGACCGAGCUGGAGUCCAUCUACUUCGUGGUGGUGACGCUCACGACCGUCGGCUUUGGAGACUACGUGGCAGGUGGGAAUACAGAUAUAAUGUAUCGGGAGUGGUAUAAGCCCCUGGUGUGGUUCUGGAUCCUGGUCGGCCUGGCCUACUUUGCGGCGGUGCUCAGUAUGAUCGGGGACUGGCUCCGAGUGAUAUCAAAGAAAACAAAAGAGGAGGUGGGAGAAAUCAAGGCUCACGCCGCGGAGUGGAAAGCCAACGUGACAGCCGAGUUCCGGGAGACCCGUAGACGCCUGAGCGUAGAGAUCCACGAUAAGCUGCAGCGGGCGGCCACCAUCAGGAGCAUGGAACGCAGGCGGCUGGGGCUGGACCAGAGGGCGCACUCCCUGGACAUGCUCUCCCCCGAAAAACGCUCAGUGUUCGCAGAGCUGGAGAACGGGCGAUUUAAGGCGUCAUCCCAGGAGAGCAUAAACAACAGACCCAACAACCUGAGGCACAAGGGGAUCGAGCAGUUCAUCACGCUACACGGCCAAGGCCUCUCCGAGGACAACAUCAUCAACAAGUUGGGCUCCAGCUCCUCCAAGCUGACCAAAAGGAAAAACAAGGACCUGAAGAAGAACCUUCCGGAAGACGUACGGAAGAUCUACGAGAACUACAGGAAAUAUUCAGCGGACGAGGAGAAGAAGGAGGACGAGGGCGACAGGAUGUCCACCUCCGACACGGCGACUCUCUCAGACUUCAUCCGACACUCCAUCAUAGAGAACGGCUCGGUACCCUGCGAAACCAAAGAUGAGGAGCACGAGGACAAAGCAUUACUUGAAGAAGAACGCAACUAAGGGGGCAAACGUGAGGAUCACCGCUCAGUCACGGCACAACGAAGCUGUGGGCUGCAAUGUGGGACCACGGACCCUUGACUUACACUUUCCACUCUGGAGCCCAAAGUUACUUUGUACUUUGACUCAGCAGUGACCUUUGACCCCUUCUGUGCUGGAGGAGACAGUGGCCCCCACCGUGCGUGUCGACUGCCCCCUCCAGUACAGAAGGGGUUAAAAUAAUCGCCCCGAGGUGUAAAACCAGAACAGAUGGUGACUAUAAAGGGAGUUCUGGAGACAUGUGCCUUAUGCAGACUUUUCACUUAACCGGAGCUCCGUAAUCUGCAUUGGUGGAAACUUUUUACUGUGCCAUAAAUGACUGCCAAAAACCCCCCGAAAGAAUCCCACCCAACAACGAGAAUAAAAAAAAAAAAUACCGAAAAAUAGAAGCCAGAAUGUGGAAACUGCACUGUGUUAUGCUAAAUAAGACAACUAUAGUCAUUACAGGACAUAUGGAGACGGUAACGCGUUUCGGUACUGAAUGAUAGGUCCCCAGAAGCACUUGCCAGACAGACAAAAAAGAAAACACAAAAAUUAUAACCAUAGCAACGUGUUUCACUCAGAUGUGAUAGGAGCCAUUUCUAAGUCUACAAAAAAAGAGUAUAAGGAAAUAUGGAGAUAGCAACGCAUUUCACUCUCUGCCUCAAACAAGAAAGAAAGUCCAGCAUGGAAGGUAAUAAGGUGGAGACAGCAACACAAUUGUGUCUCUAUCACAUAUGGUAGGAACCAUUUCUAAGCCUACAAAAAGAGAAUACCAGGGGAACGUUGAGAUAACAACACAUUUCACUCUAACGCAAAGACAGUAAUUUCUAUGCCUGAACAUUCAGCAUGUAAAGUGAUGCCAACGCAUUUCACUUUUCAACUCAAACAGGACAGGGAGUAACUUCCAAGUCUGCAAAUCCAGCAUGGUGGAGAUAGCAACGCGUUUCACUUUCCAAAUCAGAUGUGGUACGAAACGCUUUCUACAAAAAGAAGGAAAUCUAGAGAUGGCAACGCGUUUCAAUCUCCAAAUCUAAUAUGGCAUGAAACAAGAGAAUAAGGGAAGUAGAGCUGGCAAUGCAUUUCAAUCUCCAUCUUAAAGGGGUACUCCGCCCCUAAACAUCUUAUCCCCUAUCCAAAGGACCACCGCGAUCUCCCUGCACCCAACGCUCUAAAGAAACAACGGGUGCAGCAUCGGAGGCUCGUGAUGUCACGGCCACA